AUGAAAUUAUCUUUUCAGCUAUUUUUUUUAUUUUUUUUUUUUCUUAUAUUUUGGAAUAAAUUAAAAUCUGAGUCUAAAUAUAAUGAUGAAGUAAACAAAACGAAUGAUGGUAUCUCUGAGGAGGAAAAAGAAGAAGUAUAUUUAGAAUUUGCUGAAUAUGAUUUAAAUAGAGAUGGUUUAAUUGAUGCUGAAGAAAUUACAUUAGUUUUAAAAAAUAUGAAAAAAUCUGACUUUGUAAAUUUUUUUAUAAAAGUAGACUUGGAUUCAUCAGGAACAAUUUCAUUUGAUGAAUAUAUGAUAUUUAUAGAAUCAAACUAA